GAGCCCUACUACGUCCGCUGCAUUAAGCCCAACGAUAAGAAGUCACCACAGCUUUUUGACGAGGAGCGUUGCCGACACCAAGUCGAGUACCUCGGCCUUCUGGAGAACGUGCGGGUCCGCCGGGCAGGCUUUGCCUACCGCCAAACCUACGAGAAGUUCCUGCAUAGGUACAAGAUGAUCUCGGAAUUCACUUGGCCAAACCACGACCUCCCUUCAGACAAGGAUGCUGUCAAGAAGCUCAUCGAGUGCCAUGGCUUUCAGCACGAUGUCGCUUAUGGCAAGACCAAGAUUUUCAUCCGCACGCCUCGAACGCUCUUCACCCUGGAGGAGCUGCAUGCCAAGAUGCUUGUGAGGAUUGUCCUCUUCCUGCAGAAGGUUUGGAGGGGCACCCUGGCUCGCCUGCGCUAUAAGAGGACGAAGGCUGCCCUGACCAUACUCAAGCAUUACCGCCGCUACAAGGUGAAGUCCUACAUCCACGAGGUCGCCCGGCGCUUCCACAGCGUGCGGCAGAUGAAGGAUUACGGCAAACACGUGCAGUGGCCCGCUCCUCCCAAAGUGCUGCGCCGCUUCGAAGAGGCUCUGCAGGCCAUUUACCACAGGUGGAGAGCAGGCGUGCUGAUCCGCAGCGUCCCGCCUGAAGUGCUACCUCAACUGAGGGCCAAGGUUGCGGCCAUGGAGGUGCUGAAAGGUCACAGAGCUGAUAUCGGCCUCCAAAGAGCCUGGGAGGGGAACUACAUCGCGCUGAAACCAGAUAACCCCCAGACCACCGGCUCCUUCAUCCCCGUGGCCAACGAGCUGAAACGGAAAGACAAGUACAUGAACGUCCUCUUCUCCUGCCACGUCCGCAAGGUGAAUCGCUUUAAUAAGGUGGAGGACAGAGCGAUCUUCAUUACUGAUCGACACCUUUAUAAGAUGGACCCUAUGAAGCAGUACAAAGUGAUGAAGACCAUCCCCCUCUAUAAC